AUGGACAGAAGCCAGGAAGCAUUUAGCAAAUCUUCACGUCAAAGCCAACAAGCAACCCCCGGCACCUGCAAAUGGUUUGGAAUGGAUUGGGAUCUGAUGGGUUGGGUUUUGGGCUUCCUGUCUGGGGUGGCACUGGGCGCGACCUUGGUGGGCGUGGCCCAGGCCAUUAUUAUUAUUACUCCCACAAAACCUGUGGAACAGACCACCAAGUGCCAGAUCUAUUGGAGGAAACAUUCCUGGGCUCUCGAAGAUUGUGUCUGCCGCGUCUACCAGAAUGAUUGUUUAAUGAGGGAAGAAAAUGAUAAGCGGGAGAAGGCUGGAAAGACGCCUCUAAUUCCUGUCUCAGAGAAGGUUUGCAAGAAGUUCAUCAAGGCCAAAUGCCUCCUUGGAUGGCCUGUGGUGGCCAAGUUCCCCGUUCCCUCGCCUUGUGGAUGCAAUGGCAAACCAGGCAGCCUUGAAAUCAAAAAGUUCAAGAGCUUGUGUGAACUGCAGAAAUACGCAGCCGAGUGCUCGAAACCCUACAUCAGCUACUCAAAGUGCUAA